AUGGCGGAGAAGCUCGUGUCCCGCUGGUACUUCGGGGGCCUGGCCUCAUGCGGCGCCGCCUGCUGCACCCACCCGCUGGACCUGCUCAAGGUGCAUCUGCAGACGCAGCAGGAGGUGAAGAUGCGCAUGACAGGCAUGGCGCUCCGUGUGAUCCGCACUGAUGGCUUUCUGGCACUCUACAACGGGCUCAGCGCCUCGCUCUGCCGCCAGAUGACGUACUCCCUGACCCGCUUCGCCAUCUAUGAGACCGUGCGGGACCGCGUGAGCCAAGGCACCCAGGGACCUCUGCCCUUCUACCAGAAGGUGCUGCUGGGUGCUGUGGGAGGUUUCACUGGUGGGUUUGUGGGGACCCCGGCAGACAUGGUGAACGUCAGGAUGCAGAAUGACAUGAAGCAGCCGGUGCAUUUGAGGCGGAAUUACUCCCACGCCCUGGAUGGCAUGUACCGAGUGCUCCGUAAGGAGGGCUUGAAGAAGCUGUUCUCAGGUGCUACGAUGGCGUCGAGCCGAGGGGCCCUGGUCACCGUUGGACAGCUCUCCUGCUAUGACCAGGCCAAGCAGCUGGUUCUCACGACCGGGCUUCUCUCCGACAACAUCUUCACUCACUUCCUGGCCAGCUUCAUUGCUGGUGGAUGUGCCACGUUCCUCUGCCAGCCCAUGGAUGUACUCAAGACCCGCCUGAUGAAUUCGCAGGGAGAGUACCGGGGUGUUGUCCACUGCGCAGUGGAGACCGCCAGGCUCGGACCGCUGGCCUUCUACAAGGGCUUCGUUCCUGCUGCCAUCCGCCUGGUGCCUCACACCGUCCUCACCUUCGUCUUCCUGGAGCAGCUGCGCAAGUACUUUGGGAUCAAAGUGCUGGCCUGAGGGGGGAAGGGCCCUGCGCCUUCCAGACCCGGCUCCUCCCG